CGCAAAUCCAAACAAAAGCUCCUGAUCUUACUCCUCAAAGCGUGGUCCGAUAAGUCCUUCACCUGACCAUUCCUCUUCAUCCCUCCCUCACUCUCUCUCUCUCUCUCUCUCUCUGGUACAAGUUUGAGAAGAUGGGUGUGGUCACUUUUGCGCAAGAGCUCGAAUCACCAAUUGCUUCGGACCGCCUCUUCAAAGCCUUGAUGCUUGAUUCACACGUACUGUUCCCUAAGCUCAUGCCUCAGUACAUCAAGAGCAUUGACCUGGUUAAUGGUGAUGGAGGUGUUGGCAGUGUCAGGCAAACCAACUUUGCUCAAGAAAGCUUGCUUAAAUAUGCGAAGCAUCGCAUCGAUGAGAUGGACGCAGUCAACUUCCGGUGCAAGUAUACUCUGAUCGAAGGGGACAUACUCAGCGACGGCCUGAAGUCUGUGGUGUACGAGAUCGAGUUCGUCGAUGAUGGCAAUGGCGGGUCCAUCUGUAGGAUGUCGAGUGACUAUUGUUUGGACCGAGACAUCGAGUUAAGAGAUGAGGAUAUAGAGGCCGGCAAGGACAGAGCUAUGGAGUUGUACAGGGCUGUUGAGGCUUACUUAUUGGCGAAUCCUACUGCUUGCACUUAGUUUUGCUCUUAUUGAGACCUUCUCAGUCAUUAGCUCUUGAAUGUAAACUUGGCAGAAAGAAAAGGAGCAAAAGAGCUUUAUAUUGUAAAUUGCCCUCAUAAGAGAUUUUAGUGAAUUUUGUUGCUGAA